UGAACACCGAGAGGCUCAAAGUGACAGUUGGAGCUCAGAGGAGCUGAAGGAAAGUAAACACACGAGCCAAACUCACUCCUGCUUCACUGCUCCGGCUGAACAACUGAUAUCCAGACGGAGAGCGCGAGACACAGCAAACAUGUCCCAACAGGCGGUGAACGGGGUCUCGUGCAGGGGCAAGGUCCUGACUCUGGACAACAUGAACCCCAAUGUGAAGCGGGUCGAGUACGCGGUCCGUGGUCCCAUAGUGCAGCGGGCUCUGCAGAUCGAGAGGGAGCUCAAAGAGGGAGUCAAGAAACCUUUCACAGAAGUCAUUAAGGCGAAUAUAGGGGACGCUCACGCCAUGGGUCAGAAACCAAUCACAUUUCUCAGACAGGUUUUGGCUCUGUGUGCUUACCCUGAUCUCCUGGAAGACAACAAGUUUCCAGAAGAUGCCAAGCAAAGAGCGAAGCGUAUUCUCCAGGCCUGUGGAGGCCACAGUAUAGGGGCCUACAGUGCAAGCCAGGGCAUUGAGUGUGUCCGUCAGGAUGUGGCGCGCUACAUCGAGAAGAGAGAUGGUGGAAUCCCCUCCAACCCCGACACCAUCUACCUCUCCACUGGAGCCAGUGAUGCCAUUGUGAACAUGCUGAAGUUGCUGGUGUGUGGUGAGGGCCGUGACCGUACAGGAGUGAUGAUCUCCAUCCCCCAGUACCCUCUGUACUCGGCCGCCCUGGCAGACCUGGGCGCCGUGCAGAUCAGUUACUACCUGGACGAGGACAAGUGUUGGAGUCUGGAUGUGGCAGAGCUCAAGAGAGCUGUCACUGCAGCCAGGCAGCACUGCAAUCCCCGCGUCCUCUGCAUCAUCAACCCCGGAAACCCCACUGGUCAGGUCCAGAGCAGACAGUGCAUUGAAGAUGUGAUCCGAUUUGCUAAAGAGGAGCAUCUCUUCCUCAUGGCUGAUGAAGUCUACCAGGAUAAUGUGUAUGCAGAGGGCUGUAAGUUUCACUCUUUUAAGAAGGUGUUGUUUGAGAUGGGACCAGAGUACUCCAGUACAGUGGAGAUGGCCUCCUUCCACUCCACCUCCAAAUGCUACAUGGGAGAGUGUGGAUUCCGCGGUGGCUACAUGGAGCUGGUUAACAUGGACCCUGAAGUUAAAGCCCAGCUUACCAAACUGAUGUCGGUGCGUCUGUGCCCCCCCGUACCCGGACAGGCUCUCCUGGACCUGGUGGUCAACCCCCCGCAGCCUGAUGAGCCCUCCUACAACACGUUUAUGAAGGAGCGGACAGCAGUGUUAGCAGAUUUAGCAGAGAAGGCCAGGCUAACAGAGCAGAUGUUCAACGCAGUACCUGGUAUCACCUGUAACCCUGUGCAAGGGGCCAUGUAUACCUUUCCCCGCAUCACUCUACCGCAGAAGGCCAUUGACAAGGCUAAGGAAGAAGGCAAGGUCCCGGACAUGUACUACUGUAUGAGGCUGUUAGAGGAGGAAGGUAUCUGCCUGGUGCCGGGAAGCGGCUUUGGUCAGAGAGAGGGAACCUUCCACUUCAGGAUGACCAUCUUGCCUCCCGCUGAGAAGCUGAAGGUUGUGCUGCAGAAGAUCCGCGACUUCCACGUGCGAUUCACACAAGAGUUUUCAUAACAAUCAUCUCAAGAACCAACUCGUUCGGUGCCAGUAUCUUCAAGUGCCUUUGUGUGAAGGUUGUACAUUGAACGCCUCUUAUUUAGACAGUCAAAAUCGGAUUUCGUGCUCACAUGUACAGCAUGUUAAGAUGUAAUGAUUUUCAGUAAAUGAUGCACCUUUCCGAAGUAUUUUACCCUGCCAGGUUUGUGAAACUGAAAAUGUUUUAUGCAGAUUGUAUGAAAAUUCAGAUGUCCUUUUCAGAUGCUGCUACAGGUGCAUCUCUCCUGCCAAGAUUUUUACAGCCAAAUUAGAUGAAAGUAUUAAUUCAAUAACAUGUUAAGUGAUUACUUGAUUAACCCGAGAGGAUGCACCAAGUUAUGAAUUACUGCCACGUCUUUACAGGCCUGACUCAGAUUGUAGCUAUUUGUAUCACUAAUAUUUAAAUCGUUCUCAAAUGCCAUUAAACACUUGAAUAUCUGA